UCAGAAGAUUAUAUGGACGUUUUUUGGCCAUCAACAGCUUAAGUAGAAGCGAAGAUCCACACUUUCUUUUGAGUUGGCAAUUAGCACUGUCCGUUUGACGCAAAAAAAACAAAGACAGUGAGGGACGUAAGCUAAAGCCUUUUCUCCUUUUUCAUCCGUUGAAGGAAUGGCUUCAGAUCCUAAAGUGCACACUUUCGAGGAGGUUGCCAACCACAACAAAACCAAAGAUUGUUGGCUGAUUAUUUCUGGGAAGGUUUAUGAUGUAACUCCGUUCAUGGAUGAUCAUCCCGGAGGUGAUGAAGUUUUGCUGUCAGCUACUGGGAAGGAUGCCACCAAUGAUUUUGAAGAUGUGGGUCACAGUGAUUCAGCAAGAGAAAUUAUGGAAAAAUACUACAUUGGUGAGAUUGAUCCAAAAACUGUCCCGGCAAAGCGCACUUACAUUCCACCACAGCAAACGCCUUACAAUCCGGAUAAGACCCCUGAGUUUGUCAUCAAGAUCCUACAAUUUCUUGUUCCCCUCUUGAUCCUGGGUUUGGCUAUUGCGGUACGUCACUAUACCAAGAAAGAGUAGCUUAUUACUAUACAGGAGUUUACCUGUUACGAGGGAAGAAUCAGUGUGUCUCAUCUGUUAGUUGAAAUAGCACAGUCAUAUCUUUUGUUUAAUGUCCUUUUAGCAUUUGUGUGUCGAACUAAAUACCUGUUGAUGAUAUGCUCCAUUGUCAAAAGACAAUACUAUAUUUGAGCAUCUUUGAGCCCCCAUUUAAGUUAGCAGGGAAACCAGAAAAUGUUUAAUAUUGUUGGAAUUUAAAAGCAGGAGCAUGUUUUUAUAA